AUGGAUAACCUCCACUGCCUUUACCUGGUAGGUAGUAACCGCCAAUCCCUCGGUUCAUCCCCCCCUACGGCGCCUCUACCUGCUGUAGGCCGCCGUCUCUGUCCACCCGUUCGCCGGCCGCGCCUCUCGCCAAGUCUUGCACCUCCUGGUUUCUUCUGGGCGCGUCUCACGCCUAUCCAAGAUGCCGGGGCCUGCGACAAACCUGCGCCUCUGCAUCCCGACUUCACCAUUUCCCUAGGCGACAUCGCCAUCGCAGUAGCAUUCGUCUGCCCUUCAACCCCAGCCCUUUGCCUCCUCGAGCUUUCUACUACCCAAGGUACCUUGUUCACGUCUUCAGACUUCCGCUACCCUCCCCAGCAGCCCAUCGCCACGCCUCGCCGCGCCCCAUCUGUCAGCUAUGCCAUCCCUCUCCGCGCUCCCGCCAACCGUCUCGACCUCUCCGUCGGCACCGCCUGCCUUCCUCUGAAGCUUCUUGGCGCGCUCCAGACGUCAGACGGCCCCUCCUUUGGCGCCAAGUCCCAGCGCCUACCGGAACCGCAAUUCCCUUGGAGAAUCCCGAAUGCCGCCUUGGAGGCCAAGGCUGUCUUCAUCUCCAUCAUCACCAAGGUUUCCGACCUCUUUUCUGCGGCGCAUAAACUCCGCAGAUGGCGACUGGCGAGCGUGAGCCAAGACGACUUCUUCUCAUAUUUCAUCACCACCGCCCGCAGCAUUCGCCUGUCAGUCGGUUCAUCCAACAUCCGCAGGAUCUACGUUGUCUACGCUGCCACUGUCACUUGGCCUAGGAUGAUGCGCACCGCGGCUGGAACGUCUCAGCGGGAAACACUGACGUUGCUUCUCUCGCCGCUUCUUGAAAUGCUUUAUAAGUGGAACUUGAUCUCGAAUUCGGACGUCUGA